UGAAGAUGAACAGUUCUUUAUUUUCUUUACCCCUUACGUCAUAUGAAAAUGUAUUAUUCCAAGAUGGCUGCGUCCAUGCUACAGCGGUGUGUUCUCUUUGCAAGAGUUUCAGCAAAAUGUAAAACACCGGUUUUUACAGUAAGACGAUGCCUUCUCUCAGCAUCGUAUUUGGAUGCGAAGAUAUGGGAACAGAGAAAGGAAGACCCUCACAGUCUGGCUCAAUUGGCAGCCCUGAUGGACAGGACCUACGAAAAAAAGUUUCCUGUCAGCUCUCUGACAAUUUCUCGGUUUGUCGACAAUAUAUCAUCAAAAGAAGAAGUGGACCAGGCGGACUAUUAUCUUUACAAAUUCCGUCACAGCCCAAACUGCUGGUACCUGCGAGACUGGACCAUCCACAGCUGGGUCCGCAAGGGAUUGAAAUAUGGGGCACGUGACAAGGUCCUGUACACCAUCAAAAACAAGGUGCAGUACGGAAUCUUCCCAGAUGAGUUGACCUUUAAUCUACUAAUAGAUUCCUUCUUAAAAGAGGAAGAUUAUAAGGGUGCCUGGGCGGUUGUGGAAGAGGCAAUGUUGCUGGAAGCCUUUGACCUGCCCUCCACACAGGUCUUAUCACUGUACGCUCUGGCCAAGUAUCUGGAAACCAAACCGGAACUCAGUUGGCAGGAGGAGAGGAGUGUGGGAGCGGCCCUUCUGAUCGCGGGGCUGAAACAGGAUAACUCUUCCGGGCGGAGCGCCCAGCUCCUGGGCUGUGCCCUGCUGGGUAAAGUGGAGAUGGCCAGGGGUAUUCGCGCUGUCUUCCAGCACAUGCCCCUGAUCUGGACCCCGGGCUACCUCAACCGGGCCCUGGCUGUCAUGGAGAAUGUGUGCUCUGGGACACCGGACGUCAAGCUCUCCAAAGAAGCGCUGGACUGUCUGGAGGCUGUGUUGCGGGAUUCGGGCCCCGUGUCUGAGGUCGACGCUGCCCAGGGUGACGAGGACGCCGGAGGUGUGCCGGACGCCAGCGUCGAUGAGGAAGACCAGCUGGAGAGGGAGAAACUUCCAGAGUAUGCCGGAAGGUUCCAGGCCCUCAGCACUGAGCUGCAGUCUCAGGGCAGGGUUGACCCCGGCGGGCUCCAGGCACUGGUCUCUGCUCUGGCCCAGGCCGAGCUGGGUGCGGCUGAAGAGGCGGAUGGGGAGCUGUACUCCAGGAAGGUUCAGGAGUGGGAGGAGGAGCGCCUCAUGCUGGUCCAGAGGGAGCAGGAGCUCAGAGAGAAGGCACGGCAGGAACAGCAGGCUCGAAAGGCCGCCAAAGCCUCUGCCUAGCCCUGUGUACGUGUGAGCCUACGGUCAGGGGCAGGUCUGCCACGCAUCUACCAUUACAAGCCACUGGAACUCCAUAGGGCUGCCCGUCCACACAGGGCAGUUCAGUGUUUAGUGUCUUCUGCCAUAAGUCAAGUCCAGAGAUUGGUGUGUGUGACCUCAUCAUUGCUAAUGAUGAUCAUAAGAGAAUACAGAUGUGACCUUGUGAACAGUUUUCAUCCAAAUGUGAUAUACAGCACAGUAAGAAUAUGCAAAUCGGCAAUUCACUUGUGUUGUAUAUUUGGGCAGUUUUUAUUUUAUUUAGUUGUUACAUUGUUAAUUGUAUAUAUCUCUUAACGUUUAAAAUAUUUUCAUGAUUGACAUCUGGAGUUGUGCAUCACUUACUGUGGGGAGAGUAAAUGAUGGUUUCUUUUCCCUUUUUUCACUGAAUGGUCCACAAUCACAACAUUGUUGUAUUGUAAUAAAAGAUUGCUUCAAA